UUGGUCUUAAUAUCUAUGUUAAAUGUAAUUUUUGCGUUUAAAGUUAAAGUGAAUCCGUUUGUAUAAAUCAUGAGUUCUCUUUUAUCCGCGGAACUCUCUGCGACCUGCAAUGCUUUGGGAACAUUGAAUAAGAAAACUGGAAAGUAUAUGAUAGAUGAUUUUACUCUUAAUACAGUUAAAGAUUUGAUUAGAUAUUUGAGACGAGAUGGAGAAGACCACGAAAUACGCAGACACUUUGGACAAACAAAAGUUCUACAAACGGAUCUAUUGCCUAUGCUUAUUGAUCACUGGGAAAAUAGUGAACUAUUUGACGUCACUCUGAGGUUAAUUGUUAAUUUAACAAACCCAGCUCUGCUACUGUAUAGAGAGGAAGUUCCUGUGGAGCGUACUGCUCGGCAUAAUUAUUUGCAAAUAUUAUCUCACUUGCAAAACUAUAAAGAAGAAGCUUUUACUAAAGUUGAUGUUUGGCAAAUGUUUUCUAAAAAAUUAGCUAAAGUUUUAGAAAUAGAUUGGUCGGAAAGAGAUGAAGAUACAGGUCUGAUUAUUGAAAGGAUCCUAAUUCUGAUAAGAAAUGUAUUACAUGUACCAGCCGAUUUGGACAAGGAAAGGAGACCUGAGAAUGAUGCCAGUGUUCAUGACCAGGUAUUAUGGGCUUUAAAUCAAUCAGGAAUUUUGGAUAUAAUACUCUACAUGUCAUCGGAAAAUGAAAAGCAGUAUUUUAUGCAUAUACUAGAGAUAAUAUCACAUUUAUUGAGAGAACAGAACCCAACGAGCUUAGCUAGUGCAGCCUUGCAGAGAAGUAUGGAUGAGAAAGUAAGAGAUGAACAGGAACUUUUAACUAUAAGGAUGACGGAAACAAAAGAAAGACAAAAUAAGAUAAGACAAUUUUCUGGUACAAGGCAUUCUAGAUUUGGAGGUACAUAUGUUGUCCAGAAUAUGAAAUCUAUAUCGGAAAAUGAAAUCAUAUCUUUGAAACCUUUGAAUAAUAUAUCAAGUUUAGACUUCAAUGGAAGUAAGAAAAGCAGAUUGGUUAAGCCUAAAAAUAGAAGACCUGUAGAAAGUGGUACUUUGGAAAGGCGAUCUGCAUUUGCCGUGAGGUUAUUUCUCAAAGAAUUUUGUAUAGAGUUUUUGAAUAGUUCGUACAAUCCAUUAAUGCAUUAUGUGAAAGAUGUGCUGGUGAGGUCGAGAGCACAACAAAAUGACGAGUCUUAUUAUUUAUGGGCUGUCAAAUUUUUCAUGGAGUUCAAUCGGGGUCAUCAUUUUCAAGUGGGCCUUGUCAGUGAAACGAUGUCAGUACCGAUGUUUCACUAUGUCCAACAACAAAUGGAGAAAUACUACGAUAUGAUAAAAGUUGAGAAGAAGAAAUUCCCAGCAUGGGUCCGACGUUUGCAUCUCUCUCUGAGAGCUUAUAAGGAAUUGUUGAAUACACUACUAGCUAUGGACAAGAGUAGCGACCCUACAGUCAAGGAGUCUGCUAAAGUGUUAAAAAGUAAUAUAUUUUAUGUACUAGAAUAUAGAGAGUUUAUUCUCUAUACAUUUCUGAACUACGACGAUAAUAAGAUGCCGAGAUCGUAUUUAGUGGAUUUGGUUGAAACCGUACAUCUAUUUCUGAAAAUGCUGGAGUACUAUUGCAAGAAGACCGGCUUAGUCGUACAAAAGAAAGUUCGGAAGAAGUCCAAAUCGAAAAAAAAGAAACUACACUUGCAAAAAGCAAAGCAGGUGGCCGUAGAAGUGCCUGCAUGGGAUGUGCUGUGUCCACAGAUUGCUUGCGUUCUUAGCGCCGGAGUGAACGAGUAUCCGCCGCCAUUCGAUGCCGCCUCCGAUAUACCUAUAGAUCAACAAAAGGAGGAUUGUAUGAAGAAAAUCCAAAAGUUAAUGAGGGAAUCCAAAUUUGAGGAUGCUAUCGGCACAUUUAGAGCGGCCAGAGAGGUGUGGCCAGAGGAAGGAAUUUUUGGUGUAAGUGGCAUCGCUGAAGACGAAGAAUUGGAGAUGUUGCAAACCAUUUAUAAUACUGACUUAGGCGUAGAAGUAAACGAAGUUCCAGAAGUAGAAGAUGAGUCACAAGAUGGUUACGAUAAUGAAGAAGACGAUGAAGAAGAGGAGGCGAACACCACAUCUGUUGUGGAAACUGACUUCGAUUUUCAAGAUUUCGUACAAAGGUUCUGUCAACCUCGCGUGGUGAGCGCGUGCGCGUAUCUCCUAGAAAGAUACGAGAAGAACUCCGCGUAUACUAACCACUGCAUCAUCAAGAUGCUGCAUCGCAUCGCUUGGGACUGCAAGCGACCUUCCAUGAUGUUCCAGGCUUCCAUGUUCCUCACCUUCCAGAAGAUAUUCCAUAACCCUUUGCCACAUUUUAAGGAGUUGGAAAAGUUCGGCCUGUUCGUGUUCAGAAAGUUUUCAGAGGUCGCCUUGAAAAAUACAAAAGUGUUUAUAGAACUUUUGUUUUGGAAGUCGUCUAAGGACGCCAUUGAUAUAGAGCACGGCUACGACCUCUACAGCGACCAAAAGGACAAAGUAGGCAAAGGUCAUUGGAGUGAAGAACAAGAGGAUGAACUACGCAACUUGUUUAUGGAGAAUCAAACUAAUCCUACAACAGAGAAAGAUGUUAUUGAUUGGAUUUUGGAUAACUUGAUCGAUCAGACUCGGACUAGACGUGGGGUUAUCAAGAAGUUAAAAGAACUCGGCUUAAUAUUUAAAGCACCAACGAAAAGGAGUAACAAAGAGAGAUUGAAGGAAAAAGUCCCUAAAGAGUUUUCAGAAGAAGAAGAUUCAUUACUUAUUGAGCUAUGGAAACAGUACGGUGAUUCGUCUGAUCCCAUGGGAAUAAUAAUUCCCCGAAUGCCACGUAAACGGCCAAGGCGUAGUUUCGUCGAAAGACUCCUAGAGUUGGAUCUAAUACAAGACAAGAGGCAAUGCAGGCAAAAGAAACAACAGAAAUCAAAAAGCGAUGGAAAUAACAGUGACAGAUCUGAUAGUAGUUCAUCAAGUUCAGAAUCAGAUGAAAGUGAUUCAGAUAGUAAUAUAAGGGUUCGUUCGCCUAAAAUCAAGAAAAAUAUUAAGAAAAUAGAUAAAAGGAGAACAGAUGCGAGCAGUAACAGAAAAGCGAAUAAAACUGUUGAACUUAGCGCAAACGAAAUUGCUAAGUUAUUGGUGCAAGCAGUUAAUAAAGGUUUUAGCGAAGCAUUGAAAUGGGUAGCAGAGAAUUUAGAAGAAGUAGCAUUAGAUCAAGAAGCAGAAGGCUACGACCCGAGCGCGGAGGGCACGCCUCUUGUACCUAUAUCUGAUGAUUCUGUACAAGCUAUGGACAAUCGUAUGUUUCAUAAAGUUCUGAAGGGUGUUGGUAUAUUACCUCCAGCUGAUGAACAGGAAACAUACUGGAGAAUACCAAGUCACUUACACUUCAAUACAAUUAGGAAACGCCGUGAAAUUAUUCUAAAGGCAAUUAAUAAAGAACUUAUUAUAAACGACGCAGAAAUAUCUAAUACUAUAACAGCAGAAGAAUCAGAAAAGAACGAAAAAGAAGAAUCUAGUGAUGACGAAGAUUUAUUUGAUAGUUUACGUAAAUUACGCGACAAUAAUACAGAAGAAUACGUUAAUAAAAGUAAUAAUAAAACAAAUACUCGAAAACGCAGUCGUAGUUCUGAUGAUGAAGAUAAUGGAAAAGAAAAAUUGCAGAGAAUUGAAGAAGAAUUAAUAGAAAAGAGUGAUGAAGAAGAUAUUUUGUCGUUUGCAAAGAAGACACUUCAAUGUGACGAUGAGCCUGAUACAGAAGAUAUUUUAAAGAGUAUACCAAAGCAUAUUUCUGACGACAGUGAUAAUGAAGACGAAGAAAUAGUGGUGACGAAACGAAAGAAAGCAAGAGUCAUUGUUGAUGACGAUUCUGACUAAAUCUACAUAUUUAAUGGAUCAUUAGUUUUAUCCUGCUUAAUAAAU